AUGUCGACAGAUGCAGAAUUAACCAUGGCGACCACCAAGAAAACCUUCAUGGACCUUCCUCGAGAGGUCUUCCUCAUGAUCUGCGCCUAUCUCACCCCAAAAGACCUCACCCGACUAGCUCAUUUCAGCAAAGACUGCUACCUUGCAGUUCAGCAACCUCUCUACGAGCACAUCGACAUCACUGCAAUUGACGAAUUACGGUCUCUCGUUUGGACACUGGGACGUUGGUCACUGAUCGUCUCCCACCUCAGCGCUAAGCAACGCCAGCACUGGCAGAAGCUCACCGAUGCACAGCUUUGUGCACGCGACAUCAAGAAGGUCACUAUUCUCGUCGACGCUGCAACUAAUACAAAGUCACCAUUAGUCGGUGUCGAUUUUGCCCGCUACAUAGGUACAAUUUCCCGGGCCAGCAACAAUGUCAACAUCGAACUCUCGCUUCACGGAAAAUGGACCAUGCUCCUGAUGCAACUCAGCUCUUCGACUUCUUCGCUUCCAGAUGUCAAACGGCUCGUUCUUUGCCUUGGCGGCGAAGGCCGAGCGCCAGUUCUAUCCGUACGUGCGCCCAACUGGGACGUUUGGGACACCUGCUUCUCAGGCUCCACAUUUCCGGAUCUGAAGGAGAUUGAAAUCGACACUCUCCAUGGAUCUCCUGCCGAGCGGCCAGAAACUCUCAAAGCGGCGGCUUCAGCGAAUCGCGCCAGCCACAUCAGCCGAUAUCAAGAAGACGGCGCUGUCUCCAUUCCUUUCUACGGGCUCAGAAAGAUCACCAAGCUUUCCAUCAAACACAACGACUUGCUCACUACGUCGACUCUGGGAAACCUCUUCUGCUCUAGCAUCAUACCAGCAAAGCUCACCCAUCUGGAGAUCGUCAACUGUCCCAUGCUGCAUCAAGUGAGAGACUACGAAGACCUUUCGAUACUGCUUCAGCGUGGACUUCCGCUCCUCCAACACUUCCGGUUCCAUCUCCAACGCAAUCCUCGGGGCGCGGAGCAUUUACUCGCAGCAUACUACAAGGACACUGCAGAACAUCCCGAGUGGCAUCUCUGUAACGUUGUGCGCGAACUUGGUCAAAAGAUCAAGAGUCUCGAUCUUGCGUUGCCGUUCGCUUGCAACCGGAUGUUUGUUCCAAGAACCAAGCAAGCUCCGGCAGCACUCGCCGAGCGAGAUUGGCCUGACAUUGCGCGGGAGCCGUACGAGACGCUUCGCGAGAGACUCCUGUCUGCUGGCUACAAGUACCGUCGGCUGAUCUGCUGGGACUCCGUCUGCGGCAAGAACCACGAAUGGCAGGACAUGCUGGAUCUGGCAGACAACCAAGGCGACAUGAUGAGUUGGGAGAUUGUGAGCAACCGCGACAAGACUGCCAGUUGGCAUGUUAGCGGAUUUCUGCCAAUGAGCUACAAGUCAAGCGAAGUGCUGAAGCGGGAGCUGCCCCUAGAGGGGCGCUAA